CUGAAAGGACAGAUCCCUUGGUUGUAUGUGUGUGUCCGCAGUGCAAAGCGGAAACGGAUGUGAGGUUUGAAAUACGGCUGCUACAGGACCGCGUUGGAUGUCUGGUCGAUGCAGAAAUGAGUGGUGACGGCAUUAAGUUGUUUGUGGGGAACCUUCCUUUAGAUGCAACUCAUGACGAGAUCACGAAGCUCUUUGCUCCAUAUGGAGAGAUCAACACCUGCUCAUUGCUCAGGCAGUAUGCCUUUGUCACCCUUAAGGGAGAAGGGGCAGCAGACAGGGCCAUACGGCAUCUUGAUGGGAAAGAGUACAGAGGCAGGCCCCUUGUGGUAGAAGAAUCCCGCGCACGCCCACCCAACUCAACCAAAGUGUUUGUGGGCAACAUCAGUGCGACAUGUUCAGCAGAUGACUUGCACGGGCUUUUCUCAACCUUCGGAAGAGUUUUAGACUGUGAUAAAGUGAAAGCCAGAUUAUGCUCAAAUGUUGGCUAUGCCUUUGUGCAUAUGGAGAGGAAGGAGGAAGCUGUAGUUGCUAUUGAGGCACUUAACGGGACCAUGUUCAAAGGGCGUCAGUUGGCUGUAGAACUGUCCAAAGCUCAGCCGUUGGUCAACCAGUUUGGAUCAGCAGGAAAUGCAGGUGGUAGAGAGGGUCUUCUGCCUCGACCACCUCCAUCGUUAGAGCAUCAUCAGAGUCAAGCAGCUGUGUUAGCAGCUGCGGCUGCAGCAGCCGCUGGGCUGCCCAUACAAGUUCAACAAAGUGUCCACAACUCAUUUUACAACACCACAGCCACUGACCCCACCUACGCCGCUCUGAAGGGCAUUACAAGUGCGAGAGGUGCCGAUGGCGUGAUAUAUGGUGCUCUUGCCAGCCAGGUGUACGGAUCUGUGGCUGACCAGGUGUACAGUGAUCUGGCCAAUCACACUCCUGCACCCGCAGUUGAAGAAGUUGAGCCACCUUCUGGACCAGAUCCAACCACACUUUUCGAGGCUGCAAGAGCCAAGUUCUUUCAGGAAGGACAGAAGGUUCUGGCAGAGCAGCAGGUAGGAAGAAAGGGAGCUGCGACGUCAGAGAGUGAGCGGGACCGCAGCCCAAUUAGAGGAAAUCGAGCCCCCCUCCUCCCAGACCCUGUUCCGGGUUCCUUCGCUCAGGUGCGAUCCAAACGACGUGCCCUGCUGCCGACACCACCCGGAGUCACAGAAGAAGCAGCCCCGGCUGCCACCACAACACCUGAAGGGUCAGAUCCUGUUGCUAGGUCUUACACAGAGUACUACCAGCAAAUGCACCAAUACCAACAAUAUCAGCAGUACCAACAACAGUACCAGUACCUCCAGUAUGCCUACACCAAUCCUCCUCCCCCACCUCCGCCUCCACCAGCCACCACACAGGCUCAGGCCUCCACCACAGCCCCUCCACCCCCAGGGACAUACACCGCACCCACAACAUAUGCUGCAUCGGAAGCCUACCCACCACCAGGAACAUACAGUGCUUCAGGAAGUUACAAUGCCUCCACGGGGAGCUACGACGCCUCAUCGGGAAGCUACGACAGCUCGGCAGGCUAUGACGCAUCCGGAGGCUACGGAGCAUAUGAUUCAUCUGGAGCUUACGCAGCAGCGGGAAGCUACUCCACAUCCACACCGUAUGAGCAGACACCCGCACACGGGCAACCCAUGCCCCAGCGCCAUGAUUACCCUUACCACACGCCAGAACCCCCUUAUCGAUAGUCCCAUCCCCCCGCACACUCUUUCCACACUGCAGAUCUGUGAGCGUGUGUGACAUGUGUGCGUGCACAUGUGAGUGUGAGCGUGUGCAUGUGUACUUACAUAAGGGACAGUUAAAACAGAAAAAUCAGAGAGGGAGCGAGGUUGUAAUUUGACUGUGCUCAAGCAUCUCCUCUGUUGUACAUUUUAACCUCGACUGUAACUACUCAGCUUGUCAGUUAAUGGCAGUUAAGUGGAGGAUGAAGUGGAUACAGGUGCAGAUGAGCGGGGAAGCUAAUACAACAUCAUCCAGAGUUCUGUUUCUUUUUUUUUUGUAAGGCAUUGUAGAGGCAGAGCUGGUUGAAGCGUGAACGUUUAUUUGGUUAAGUUAAACUUUGGUUUGGAACCUGUUUCUUGGAUCGAGGCCUCUUACAUACUCUACAUAAAAACCUGCACAAACUUGUUUCUGUUUUUAACUUUAACCAACGUUAUCACACAUUUUAGGUCACAAAAACUACCUGUACUGUACUUCUCAAUAAUUAAACAAAUAUUUGGUGAAACUCAAAAAUUCUUGUCUUGGAGAAUUUCAGAUCUGGACAGGACCAUACGCUUUGAUGAAGAUAAUUUAAAAUAUAGAUAUAUUUGUGGCCCCACACUUGUAUCUAUGUAGGAACCCCAUUUGUGGAGUAUGUAACAUGCCUUCAUUUGGAUUUGACAGUGUAGCCAGCCCGUUUGUCCUGACAUUAACAGAUUCUAUUGUGUUCAUACCUUUCCCUGGUAAUUACAGAGAAAGUUUUAGUUAAUCUGAUUAUCAUUCAUGUAUAUUUUCAGGCUGGUUUCACCGACAGUUUUUCUUUUUUCAAGCUACUGAAGCAAGUUACACCAUUGCAUCUUUUUUUUUUUCCUUUCAACCUUUAAAUUGUGGAUAGUUUUGGUUUGACAAAUCAAAGUCAGUGGGUUGAAGUUGUACGUCAGUCAGAUUGUGUUGCAGCCCUCUUUGCUGUAUUAUGAAGUGAUGUUGUGGUCGUCCGCUGAUGGGGAAGUUUUUCUUGAGCCCGUCUGUUUUUUUGCGGUGUCAGAAUCCUGAGUUAGUUCAACUUGAAACAGAUUACAAGUCUUUUGAGUGUGUGUGGUUGAAUUUUCAUCGUAAGGAGCGAAAACCAAGAACCAUGAUCAUAAUAUGAAAACAUGGUGGACAUGUUCUAGUUUUUCCUCGCUUAGUUCAAUCGGACGUAGCACUCUGAGCUGUCAAAUACAGUAUAUCAUAUCAGAGGUCAGCGUAAAACAAGACAUUUUAAAGAUAUUUUGUCAUAGUCGCUAACAUUGUGCGUCCACAUAACCCCGUCUGAAUAUGUUAUUGUAUUUGAAUGUAUAAAAGCCAUAAGAAUGGCACCAAAUAUUGUUUGAUGAUUUAGGAAUCAUAGCUUUAAUUGAUCCUGACAUUUCCAUUCGUUGCUGCAGUGGUUUUGUUCUGCGCUCAUCACAUGCUCACAUUGGAAACCAGUGGUGAUGUUACAGGGCAAGUUCAACUAGUUAUCAUCCCAGAAACUUUACUACUGGAAUAAAUAUUGUAAUCUGACAUAGUGAUUUCAACCAGCAUUUGCUAAGAAUUUAUACUAUUCUUGUUAAAAUGAGUGUAUUUAUUCCCGAACAGCUGAAGAUGAUGAGGAGAUGCGAUGAAGUAGGACUGUUGAGUUUUGUCGCACCAGGCAAGGCUGUUUUGUAUGGCUGAAAACGAUUAUUGUCAUGCUUGAGGCACGUAGUGUGUGGCAGGAAGCCACUCUGGCAUACAUGUGAAUGAACCUCAAUCAGAUGUUGCAUCCAAAUUGAAGUGCACAUUAUGGAAAUUGUCGAAGAAAGGGGAGAAAUGAUUUGAGCUCAAAGUGGGUAUGAGUUUGUCAGUGUGGUGCACUGGUGUGUUGCUAAUACUUGAAGUUUAGCCCUCUUCGUUGAUUGGAUACGGUAUGACAGGUUAUUUUGAACUUAGUAACAGCGGACUUUUCACCAAGUGCUGGUGACCUUUCCUUUACCCUCUUCUGAUCUCAACACACACAACCACACAGCCAGGUUCACUGCCUUUCUCUUAUUUCAUGUCACACCUACAGAGUUGUUUGACUCCACACAUAUUUGACUUGGGUUCAUUUAUCCAUUUAACACGCAUCACACGUGCAAAUGCUACUAAUGCACACCUGACUCCACCUGAAAUUUAAAUUCAUGGCUGUACCACACACACUAGUUACUCAUCCUAUUUCAUAUUCGCCACUUGAGUUGGUUGUGCUACGCUAGGUUUAAGUGACAGAUAAGCCUCUCCACAUUUCCACAUUAUUCCACCUUCUCCUUGUGAACUGUUAGUUGCAUGCCUUGUUGUUGCUGCUGCUCCAGCCACCUUCUUCCUCUUGCUGAUUAUUGCAGCUAGAGUGGGAGGGAGCCAAACUGAGCCCUUGCCCUGGACGUACGCCACACGCAGCUGUAGCGUGGGAUGGGGAUAACAGCAGCCUUAGGCCUGAAACUGCUGUGGACGAUGGGGUGUCCCCCCACUAAGGUAACCACUCAGACCACACACUUCUGCCCCUCCCCGAAACAUGCGUAUACACUGACAGACACACUCAUACACACAGACCGCUACACCUUUGCCCACAACCUCCCUAUUCUGCAUCUGUCAUCAGGGAUAUUUUUGUUAGGAUUAACUGGAUCUCCCAUCCUUUUUUUUUUGUUAUUUUUAAAUUGGGAGUUAUCCUUUUUUCCUGCCUUUCGAUUUUCUUGAUAAUAUUCUGACAUUUUCCCUCAAGCAUACUCUGCUCAUACAUUCCAGCUCCCAUCAUAGUGACUGCUCGAACACCGUCUUUUGAGGACAUGUAGGCCGUCUUUUAGUCUAAAUCUGCACCCUGUCAUUAGAUCAUCCCGUAUCUGACCUCCUGUCAUUCACCAGUACCGGGCAGCCACACCUAGAGCUCAACAUGGGACAUGUAGGUAGGAUGCGUUGUGUUAGUUUUUGUAAACAUGUACCCCCGGGGCCACUUUGGGGUUAAGUGCCUUGCUCAAGAGCACGUCUGUAGGCCCUAAAUUUCAGAGUUGAAUAACGCGGCUCAGGAUCGAUUGCUGGUUCAACGCCUCCCCCUGUCCCCCCCCCCCCUCGAAAACAACGAUUUUCGAUGCCACAUUCAACCUGUGUGAAUGACAAUGAACACAAAAUCUAUCGUUUUGUUUUAAAUUACAUUUUGUUCCAUGUUAUUUGAAAUGCUUAAUUAUCAAUAAAUGACUUUCAUCUGAAA